GCGGUCAUCAAAAAAGGUGAAAUUUUGGGAAAAAGGAAUUCGGACGCCAUUGGCGGAACCUGGCGAGAGAGCGAGCAAAAUAUUUUGGUUUAUUCCCACCAUCCUGAUUCUGUUCAGUUAUCUUUUUAUUUAAGUUUACCAUCGUAAGCCUUAGCUUAGUGUAGCAGUAAGCCGCAACCGCCACCAGAAGGUCGCAUGAGAUGAUUCCGCAGAGAACGAAGGUGUUCGUCGGCAGCCUGCCACCAGCGACCAAGCCGGAGGAGGUGCGAAGAUUGUUUGAAAACUAUGGCGUCGUGACGGAGUGCGACGUCAUGAACCGAUGCGCGUUCGUGCACAUGCAGAACCAGGACAUGGCCGAGAGCGCAAUCCAGGCGCUCCACAACACGACGUUCAAGGGCGUCACAAUCGUGGUCGAGCGGGGCCGUGUACGCGAGAGGCCGCCCGGUGGCGUCGGCGGGAUGGACAGUGCGCGCGGGCGCGUCGGUGCCGGUCCGAUGCGGGGUUCGCGCGGUGGAAUGCGAAGUCAACCGUACGGUUCUUACGGAGCAACUCGAGCGACACCAGGAGGAGGUGGAGCCGGCGGCGCCGGCGGUGCAGUUGCAGGUUAUGGGCCUCGCGCAAGCUACGGCACCGGCAGCCGCUACGAGGGCGGUUCCUACAGGAAUGAUGUGGGAUACAGUUCCUCGAGCAGUGCGUACGGUUACGGGUACACGAGCAACGGAGGAGGCUAUGGCAGUACGCGUCACUCGAGCAGCGAAGAUCGUCGCGGUUUCACGCUCCCCUCAUACCCAGCCGAUCAAAGCAGAGCGGCGUACGGUAGCUCUUACGAUGGUUACUCGGGCUAUGAUAGUUACAGCAGCGGCUAUGGCUACGAUACCAGCCAAGGAUCAACGAGCUACCAACGGUGGCCAUCUUCGUCCACUUCCGCGGCAGAUAGCUACUCUUACGGUGGUGGCUAUUCGCAAGCACCGGUCGAUGGUGGUGCCGCGGGCCCAAGCACAGAUUAUAGUCAAUCCUAUCCUGCGAUGGGUGGUGGCUCAUCGGGAUACCGCUCACCGGCGGCCACUGCCGCUGUGCCUCCCUACCGCAGCUCGGAGUCCGGUUACGGACCUCCGCCACCAUCCUCUGGCCGAAGGUUUUGAGUGCCAAAAAAAAAAAAGGGAAGGCAGUCUAAUCCUUCGCCCUUCUUAAAUUCAAUCCUCCUCCUUCUCCUCCUCUUCCUCCAACCUCCCAUUCCACCACAACCAUCCCCUCAAUCUUCCGCCCUCUCUCGAUAGAUUGUGACGGUUCUUCGGCAACGCGGACAUCGUGCGUACAACAGCAACAUUGUUGUUCGCGCACGUGCAUCUCUCCGCCCGUUGCGUUGUAAUUAGUUUUGAGAAUGUUUGCAUCCUUUCUCAUAUCCAUCGGUAGGGGUCAAGUAACUAGAAACGAACACGUUUGUUCAAGUAAGGCACAUUUAGGUCGACAGGAAUCACCAGCGAGAGAGAAAGAAAGAGAGGAGGAGUGAACGGGAUAGAAAACGCUACCUUGUCGGAAGAAGGCACGGGCGAGACAUAUGAAUUCAAUCCAAAUUGCAUUAUCUUCACCACCAACCACUUAGAGAUUGUAAAAAUCAUACGGACCUUGAAGCGAACUCGUUUCGUUCUCGAUAAAUAAGCUUUUCCCAACCAUCGUGAGCUCACAUCGCGUUCACGAGGAGCUUCACCCCUGCAUUCUAACCGUACCCCGUUAUUCGAUCGAAUUCUCACUACACACAACGUCGGCAGCGGCCCUUUCCUAUUCAUUAAAUUGCACUCAUUCGCUGGAAAGUUGUUAUCAACCAACAUCAUCCUUCUUUGCUAGAACGCCACAGCGCCAUUCGGAAUCGGAAAACCGUGUGACCCCAUGUCAAAGUGCUGCGCUGGUGUAAGCCAACUUCUUACUGCCGGCUACUCGCUAAGAACUAAGUAAAGCGUUUAGACGAUAUUCUAAUUCUUCUAAUAAUGUGGUUUAAAAUGUGGAACUAAAAACAAAACAAUCGAACUCAUCCAUGAAACACUCUCAUGGCAUGGAAAUGCAUAACAGAGAUCCCGAAACAGUGAACAGACGUCCAAUGACGAAAGUAAAACCCGAAUCCCAGAUCCCAAACUGUUGCAGCAGUUUAGAAGUGCACGAUAUCAUGAGUGCACGGCUGCCAAUCAGCCCAGACACAGAACCCCACCCUCCCGAAAAUCAUCCCUACCGCUCCCCACAAACACAAUCUACAGAAAGAAUCAACUUUUUUUUUGUGCGAAAUAGUAUAAUAAAACAAAAAUGAUGCAAAAUUACUCAGCGUGGUCAACACUGGCGCUGCACAACAGGUGUGGUCGUCGUCGUCGUCGUUCACUGUCGUCACGGCAACGGCACGCGGAUCUCUUCGCAAUCGAUUUUCUUACGAAUGCGCACGCGGCGCACGUGCUCGUGUGAGUAGUAGAGUAGUAGGGAGACGAAGUUCGCUCUGGAAAGAAGGAGAAAAACUACUAAACCGGCUCAGCAGCAUUAUCAUCAACAUUCUCAUCCUUUUGCGCCAUUCGUUCGCUACUUCUCCGGCGGGAUGCGUGUUUUGCGUACGCUUGCUAAUGCGUGUGAAAAGGUCACUAACGAGAAGCGCGGCGCGCGCGCACGGGCACCCGGGACCAAUGAUAAAACCUAUUUACUAGUAAAAUUAAUAACAUUCUUUUCUAAACCUU